AUGUCGGUUGUCUACGUUUCGGGAGCUACCGGUUUCAUCGCCCAGCACAUCAUCAAGACCCUCAUCGCUAAGAACUACUCUGUGGUGGGGCUGGUGAGAUCGGCGGCUAAAGGCGACGGGCUUAAGCAACACUUUGGCGACAAAUUCACUUACGAAAUCGUCGAGGAUAUCAAGAAACCUGGCGCCUUUGACCAGCUGUUGCAAAAGCACCCGGAAGUGCUGGUGUUUUUGCACACGGCGCUGCCGUUCCACUACAAUGGCGACCCCGAGACCGAUCUCAUGAUUCCCGCUGUAGAGGGGACCAAGAACGCUCUUGCUGCCAUUAAGGCUCACGGCAAGAACGUGAAACGGGUGGUAAUCACGUCGCUGUACGCGUCCAUCGCCGAUGCUUUGAAGGAAAGCGACCCCAAUGCUACCAUCACCGAAGCGCUGUGGAAUGAGAUUCUGUGGGAUGACGCUAAACAGAACCCCAUCAAUGGCUACCGCGGUUCAAAGACGUAUGCCGAAAAGGCGGCGUGGGAGUUUGUCAAGACGGAAAAGCCUCAAUGGGACCUCACUUGUGUCAACCCUUCAUUUGUGUUUGGCCCUCAAGCGUUUGACGAAGAAGCUAAGCGUGACCACUUGAACACGUCGCUGGAGGUGAUUAAUAAGAUCAUCAAUUUGAAACCGGACUCGGAAAUCCCGCCUAAUAAAGGUGGAUGGGUCGAUGUCCGCGACGUGGCUAAGGCUCACGUGGUGGCAUUUGAAAAGGAUGAGGCUAAGGGCCAACGGCUUUUGGUUAAUGCCGGUCGGUUCUCGUGCCAGCUGAUGAUCGAUAUUUUAAACGCCAACGUCCCCGAGUUGAAGGGGAAGAUCCCCGUGGGUGAACCGGGGCUGGACAAAAAGGCGAUCGCCACGUUGGCUAAAAUCGAUAACCACAAGACCAACGAGUUGUUGGGGUUCAACUACAUCGACUUGAAGACGUCGGUGGUCGACACCGUCGAGCAAAUCUUACAAGCUAAGUUGUAA